AUGCGGGCGUUGUUGAAUGAUCCCAGCUACUGGUCAGACAGUCGACGACCGCUCGAAUUGGAGUUCAAAUUCCGCACUCUGAUUAUCGAGCGUCUCGCGCAAUAUGAGCGUCUCGUCGGCAGCGGCUGCGGCAGGCGGCGGGCGGCGCGCCUCUCCGACCUGGAGCGGGUGCAGGACCUAUUCCCUCACGACUUCCUCGCCCUCCACGACGCGGACGCCCCCGCCGCGCUGGCCUCUCAUCAAGCGCAGAAAUCGAAGAGUCUCCGCAAGAGGCCUAGCCUGGACAUCGGCGGUACAGUCAACGCCAACAACUCACUGUCACCGCGCACCUUCAUAAUGGAGGCGCCUGUACAGUUGUGCCCAUUGGGCUCCACGUCCCCACCGCUCGAUCGCCACCUGUUCCUAUUCAGCGACCUACUUCUGGUCGGCAAGUCCCGCGGAACCAACUGCUUCAAGCUGAAAGAGAGCGUGAGACUGGCGGAGGUUUGGCUCUCGUUGCCCGACGGCGAUGACACCGGCUUCCUUAUAGGGUGGCCGACCACCACAGGGGUUGCCAACUACCUCGCUACAUAUCCCACGCAAGCAGCCAGAGACACUUGGUACAGGAAAAUCCAGAACGCUUUAAACUCGCAGCUGGCUACGGAGCCGAAGACAACGAAUAUUCAAAUCUUUUACAAGGAUCUGGCAACCUCCAUUGAAUUCUGUAAAACGGUAUCAGUGAAUCCGGACAUGAACGCCCGUUGUGUGGUGCGGCAAGCGCUGCACGUGAUGCAGAACGUCGGCCACGAAGACAGCGCUGACGCAGAGGGGGAGGGAGAUAACGAGCACGAGGGGAGAUGGGGCUCCCCCAAUGACUUCACGCUCUACGUGAGGACCGCUAGGGAUGCGCCACCGACGCCGCUGCACGGUAUCGAAAGGCCGCACGCAGUGCAGAUGUCUCGAAUCAGGCAAACGUUAUCAAACGAAGAUGGUUUCGAUUUGGAGCACGUCAACGCUAAAAACAAUCCAUGCGGUCUUGUCUUUGAGCUUAGAAAGAAAAAUCAAGUCCUAAAGAGCAUCAACAACACUCCUGGAAGGGGACUCCGUCUGCUGAGACGCGGCGGCCGCUUGUUCGGUGUUGCUUUAACGCGCCUCUGCAACGGAACGCCACCUCCGGCGCUGCUUCAAGCGCUGCGCCGGCUCAGGGUGGUCGCGCCGCUUACGCACGGCGUGUUCAGGAGAAGCGCUAACGCGAAAGCGCUGAGAUUGCUGAGGGAUAAGUUGGAUACUCUCGGUCCGUGGGCAGAGAGCUGUACAGAGCUGGAUCGGGCGCCAGUGCUGCUACUAGCAGCUCUGGUCAAGGAGUUCUUCCGGGCCCUGCCACAGCCUCUAUUACUCUCAGAACUAUACCCCGCCUGGCUCCAAGUGCUCGGCUUACCGCAAGCCGAGAAAGUCUCCGCGGUGCGCUCCCUCCUCCUGAAGCUGCCCAAGUCGCACUACAACAUGCUCACGUACUUCGUGUGCCUGCUGCAAGCGAUCGCGAAGAAGUCCAACAUCAACCUCAUGUGCCCCAUGAACCUGGGCGUGUGCGUGGGGCCGAGCCUGCUGUGGCCGGGCGCGCCCUGCGACAAGGCGCCCAAGGCGGUGCCGAUGGUCGUCGAGCUGCUCAUAGUGAAGGCGGACGCGCUGUUCGGGCCGCAGAUCGCCGGCCUGCUCGGCAGCGGCAGCCCUGAGCCGAGCGCGCUCCUCGACUCCGGCGCGGAGGAGAGCGACAGCCUCCACUCGGUCGGCAUCUCGCUCGACUCUAUGGAACUCCCCACGCCGCGCAAGGAGAAGCUCUCCCUCAGCAGGGACUCGGGCCUCACGCUCUCCGAGGACGACUCCAACAGCAACGGCGGCAACAGCCCCGCCCCCCGGAACAUACUGCACAGCCUCUCCGCGCCCACCUGCAACGUGCAGGACGCGAAGCUGCGCUACAACCCGAACGUGAACGGGCUGCCGCAGGCGGCGCAGAGGGAGCGCAGCAUGUACUCGAACAAGGCAGACAUCUACAGCGCCGUGAACGAGGAGCUGUACAUGAUGCCGUAUAUCGGGGACAGGUACGUGCACAAUUCGAUCAGCGUCGGAGUAGCGAACGGCGUGGACGAGAGGAGCUACGUCUCCAAAGCGGCCGUGCAGCGCCCCACGGCCGACGUGUACGCGCAGAGCCCGGCGAAGUACAUAACCGGCUUGGAGCCGCAGAAGCCGCCGCGCAGCAACGUGUCGAAGGCGGCGCGCACCUCGAAGGUGUACAGCAUGUUUGCCGAGACCCAGGAGGCCGAGAAGAACGCCGCGAACAAGAACUUCGGCCGAGCGAAGAGCUCCGACAACCUAUUGGAGGCGAAGCAGGAGGCGAUCGACGCAAAACGCGACCUUGUCUCCAGCCAGGAGAACAUAGUUUACAGCAACAUACACGACCUCGCCACAUUCACCGAAAGCAUACAGAGGCAGAAUCAGUACCAGAGCCAGACCGAAAUGGUGUCGAGCCUCAACUCCAACUACUCGCGCGUGUACACCGGCUGGGAGAAGAGGAGCACGAACUACAACGCGAAGGCGAACUGCGCGCCAGAAAAGGUAUACGCGCAGCUGAAGCCGGGCGAGUCCUCGCAGGGCAAGAUCGAUGUGAAGUCAACACCGGCAGCCACCAUUUUCACGCGAAAUGACUGGACUCGUCAGGCAGCGAGGACUAAGAGCCUGGAGGUGGGCGAGGAGGGGCACGCGGCGGGCGGGGAGAGGGCCCGCAACGGCAACUACGACGUUGCAGUGGCGAGCUGCCGCAGGAGGCGGUACGACCCCGCGCACGUGUGCACCAAGGGCUGCCUGCUGAGCGCGAACAGGGACAAGGAGAAGCCCAACGCGCCAUACUCGUACGCGGACGAGCACAACGCCGACGACAAGCAAUACCGACGGAACUACACCAAGCUCACCCAGUCCAAAUCCCUCGCGGCCAUCGCCCAAACAGACCACCAGCAGGGCUUCCCGCCCGCCGCCAACUGCGAGGGCUGCUACACCACCCAGUACAUCGAGCCGCUGUACACGUCCGUGUACAACCGCCGCCGGGACAUAUUCCACGAGGGCAAGCCCGCCGGCGCGUACGCGUCCGACAUAUACAAGGCGACGCCCACCUCCGUGCAGGAGGCGGCGGAGGCGGGCGACAAGAAGCCGCCGCACGCACCGCCCGUGCCGCCCAGGAAGAUGGUCUACCAGCGGGUGCUGAAGAAGUUCCAGCCGGUCCACCUCAGCAAGGACGAGAAGGCGUCCCGCUCCAAGUCCGUGCCGCCCCUAUACAGGGAGCCGCCCAGCGGCAACGACAAGAACGUGAUGGCCCUCGAAUGCUCGGAAUCCGACACUGAAUCCGAGUCGUACGUA